UCCCUCCCACCGCCUCUUCUCCCUCUCGCCUCCAACUGCCCAGGAGCGAGCAACUGCUCCCAGCCGGCUCUGCCGACGCCAGACACAGCAGACACGCGGACAACCCCAAGCCCAGCAGCUGGCCUGCCUGCACCUGGCUGCUUCCCCCAGGUUUGUGUACCAUGCAGCCCCUGUGGCUCCUUGCAGCCCUGCUGGCACUGGGCCAGGCCCUGCCCUUUGAGCAAAAGGGCUUCUGGGACUUCACCCUGGAUGAUGGGCUGUUCAUGAAUGACGAGGAGGCUUCAGGUGUUGACAGCACCUCUGGCGCCCCAGACCUGGACUCCGUGACACCCACCUACAGCGCCAUGUGUCCUUUUGGCUGCCACUGCCACCUGCGGGUUGUUCAGUGCUCGGACCUGGGUCUGAAGAAUGUGCCUAAGGAGAUUUCCCCAGACACCACCCUGCUGGACCUGCAAAACAACGACAUCUCUGAGCUCCGCAAGGAUGACUUCAAAGGCCUCCAGCACCUCUACGCCCUCGUCCUGGUGAACAACAAGAUCUCCAAGAUCCACGAAAAGGCCUUCAGUCCGCUGCGGAAGCUGCAGAAGCUGUACAUCUCCAAGAACCACCUGGUGGAGAUUCCGCCCAGCCUGCCCAGCUCCCUGGUGGAGCUGCGCAUCCACGACAACCGCAUCCGGAAAGUGCCCAAGGGCGUGUUCAGCGGGCUCCGGAACAUGAACUGCAUUGAGAUGGGCGGAAACCCCCUGGAGAACAGUGGCUUUGAACCUGGAGCCUUUGAUGGCCUGAAGCUCAACUACCUUCGCAUCUCCGAGGCCAAGCUCACCGGCAUACCCAAAGAUCUCCCUGAGACGCUCAAUGAGCUCCAUCUGGACCACAACAAAAUCCAGGCUAUUGAGCUAGAGGACCUGCUGCGCUACUCUAAGCUGUACAGGCUGGGCCUGGGCCACAACCAGAUCCGCAUGAUUGAGAAUGGGAGUCUGAGUUUCCUGCCUACCCUGAGGGAGCUGCACUUGAACAACAACAAGCUGUCCCGGGUGCCUGCGGGGCUCCCCGACCUCAAGCUUCUGCAGGUGGUCUACCUGCACUCCAACAACAUCACCAAAGUGGGCGUCAACGACUUCUGCCCCAUGGGCUUCGGUGUCAAGCGGGCCUACUACAAUGGCAUCAGCCUGUUCCACAACCCUGUGCCCUACUGGGAGGUGCAGCCAGCCACCUUCCGCUGCGUCACUGACCGCCUGGCCAUCCAGUUUGGCAACUACAAGAAGUAGAGGCAGCGGCAGCCACGGGGAACAGAUCCCGCUGUCCUGGAGGGGGCUAAGUGAGGAGUGAAGUCCCCACUGGUGGUCCCCUGCCCUGAGUCCCUGCCUUCCCUGGAUCCCAAGCAUGCAGGUGGCUAUAGGGCCUGGCCCUGUCACCUCUACCCUUGGCUCCAGAACCGCCCUGCUCAUCCACUGUGGCCGCUCCUGAAAAAGCUUUCUUCUUGCUCACCCUGAAAGCCCAGCCCGAGGAAGCCAGCUCCUAGGUGUGCAGUGAGGGCAUCAGUAGGGACGGACACAGGGAGCCCACAUGGGCCUGUGUUCCUCCUCACCUGCUCCAGCCUCCAGCUUCCCCCAGCCUUCACCAAGCUCACUGCUUGUCUGUGGCAGCCACCUUGAUUGCUGGCCUGGAACCAGCCCAUCUCCCCGUCCCUCUCGCCUUCAGUCUGCCAUGCUUCCUGAUGUAUUUCUCCCUUCGGGGCUCCACCACAACCUCCUCACUCCUGGACCUGAUUUGUUCUCUCUCUCUCUCUCUCUCUCUCUCUCUCUCUCUCUCUC